AUUCACCAUAUAGAUGACAGCGCAUUGCGCAAAGCGGAGUUGAGUGUGCAUGUUACGCGCUUAAACAUGUUAAAAAGUUUUUCUGAAAUUUUAGUUUUAUGUUGCAUCCGGUGCCCAAAUCACACUAUAAGAACUGAUAUAUUGAACUUUUCUCCAUCUUGAUUAAGUGACAAACGUAGAAAAAUACAUAGUGAAUUAUAUUAAUUUUAGAUUUUUGCUUAUUGUAAGUUGCGUGCAUUGCACCACGAAAAACAACACAAUGCCGAAAGGGAAAAGAAAAGGAAAAUUCGAGCACAGAAGAACAGAGCAGCCUUAUUCCUCUGAUGAGGAUGAUAUGACCAUAGACAACAUCUCAGAAACAUCAGGCACAUCUGACUUAAAGAGCAACCAUGACGAAGCAGAGAAUGAAAUCCAAGAGAAGUUGGAAGAGAAGGUGCUGGAGACGAUCGAUGCGUUGAGUGCGCGGUCAAACGCGGCCCGUGCGGCGGCUCUGGUGAGCCUCCGCGGGGUGCUCCAGCGGCGGUACGUGGCGGGCCUGCUGGCCAACCACCGCGCCACGCUCGCAGACCACGUGGCGCGCGCCGUCCGCCGCGGACGCGACGCAGAGCGACGCGCCGCCGCCGCCAUAGCGCCGCUGUUGGCUCUACAGAUUGGUGAUGAGGGAACAGAGGAGUAUAUACGCGAAGUACGCCCGGCACUCGCCGCUACCGCCGUAGACAAGUCUGCUUCGCUCGAUACUCGCACUGAGUGUUGCUCAUCUCUCGCGGUGCUUUGCUAUCUACUGGAGGAGGAUCUCACUGAGAUAUUGGAGGUCAUGCGGAUGUAUGAGACAAUAUUCUCCGGCAGCUAUCUAAAGGGCGACGGGAGCGUGAAAGUGUCAGGCGCGGUGGUGGAGGAAGGGCAGUGGCACGCGGCCGCGCUGGACGGCUGGGCGCUGCUGCUGACGCUGGUGCCCGCGCCGCACGCCGACGCGCUGCUGCGGGACCAGCCGCCCUCCUUCACCAGGCUCGCGGAGCUGCUGGAGGCCUGCAGCCUCGAGGUCCGGCUCGCCGCCGGUGGUGCACUGGCAAUCGCACACGAGCAUAUCACUGGUGCCGAUGAGGAGGAAGAAGUGGAGGAUGAGGAUGUCGAGGAGCUGCUGCCCAGGCUGGAACAGUUGGCGCGUGAUUCGCAUAAAUACCGCGCUAAGAGAGACCGCAAACUACAAAGGGCUACGUUCCGUGAUGUGCUGAAGUACUUUGAGGAGCGCUGGUCGCCGACGGUGGAGGUGUGCGUCGGCGGCGGAGAGAGCGUGCACGCCUCGGGGUGGGGCCCGCGCGCCGCGUACGCCGCGCUCGCGGCCGCGCUCGGCGCCGGCCUGCGCGCGCUCGCGCCGCACUCACACGCCCUCCGCGCCGCGCUCGCACUGCCGCCCGCCCUCACCGCGCCGCCGCCGCACGCCAAGCUCACCAGGCUGCAGCGGCACCUACAAAACAACGCAAACUGCAAAGCUCGCACCGUGGCACGCGCCAAGAACAGAGACAAACGCUCGGCCGCACUGGCCAUCUGAUCGCGGCCUGUCCUCUGUCGACCGACACCUGUCACCUGUCUAUGUCUGUCACCUGUCCGCACCGCGCACGUCUACAGAAGUCCUCACGGCACCCAUGAUCUUCACUCUAGCAAAUUGUUGUGUUCGGAAUUUGUAAAUAAUUAUUUAUUUUUUAAAAAAUAUGUAUCAGAUCUAAAUCUUCAAUUGAGAAUUAUUCACUAGUUACUGUAAAUCACCAUACCGGCGGGUUCCGACGCUCAAAAAAUGUUCGGUCGUUGAAUAGUUUUAGGACCCCGAAGCUUAGUUGACGCUAGCGAUCUAGACCCGGAUAACGUUAGCUUAAAGUAGGCUAGUUGGUGAACCAAAGAUAUUCUUAAAUUGUUUUUGUAUAAAAUGAAAAUGUUGGAACUGCCCAGGGAGGUGAGGAUUGGUCGUUGUUAAUUUCACUGUUCGUUCGGAUGACAUUAAAACUAUUGUUGUAAUGUUUGUCUGUAAUUCCUUUGUGAUGUUCAAUAUAUUCAUAAUUGUUGUUCUUAUAUAUAAUUUGGUUUUAAGUAAACUUACUCCAUAUCUUGGUGACGUGGCAUGACUAUUUAAGCUUACUGUGACUUCUUUGUUACGAUUAUAGUCCUAAUAGUCUAUUUUAGCGAAAUAUUUUAAUAUAAUUAUACUUGUGUUGUACUAUAUAUAUAGAUUUAUAUCAAGUCCCUUGUUGGGAUUUUGAUGGUCUCUAUUUGUUUGCAUUAUUAGCCCAAUUUACUGUACAGUUUUAUAACUUCCAUGUUGUAACAAUCAAGUUGUGGAGUAAGCGUGUUGUUUUUAAUGGUUGGUAUAUAAUUAGUAAAUGACUUGUGCUGGGAGGGUUACGAUUAUAUAUCAUAUUUGUAACAACCCAUACAGUGGGCUGUGCAAUUCGUAUAUUUUAGUUUGUAUAAAAUCUCUGUAAAUAUUAUUUUAUUCGUUGUCGCGCCGCCUAUACUUGUACAUUAAUUAGGCUAUACGGAAUGUUGAAAUAAUAUUUAUUUUG